AUGCUUAUGAUGGCGUGCAUGCCUGUAGUAAUAUUCUAUCUUAUAUGGUUGGUCAACACAUCAGAAGGAAUUCGCAGUGAAGAGGGAACUCUACUGGAUCUUGUGUGCUGGCCUGACGGCAACGCUAUACCUGUGAUUAUAGCUUGUGGAUCUGUCAUUGCAGUAGUAAUUGAGAUUGAUUUUGUGUUUUCCCAGUUGUAUGGCUUGUACCAGUUAUUCAAAGCUGGUUUACCUAAGAGAGAAUAUGACGUAACGAACGGCCUCUUCUACUAUGUUUGGGCGCUCAUUAUAAUGAUCAUCAUUUUUCUCGCAAUCAUGUUUUACUCUGGACUUCAGUCGACUAUAAUACGAGCUAAGAUAAAAGGUGGAAUAACUAAGGCCAUGCUCAGAUAUUCGAGCCAUUUACCAUCAAAGGUGGCUAUAGAUAGACUACAGACGAGGUUUCACUGUUGUGGCCGAGUCAAUUUUCAGGAAUGGUUCUACAUCCCCUGGUAUAUGAACGGGGAGAAUAUCGAUACGAAAACCUUCUCGAACCACAAGUUCGUGUCAGACAACGUCCCAUACAGCUGCUGCUCAACAGAAGAAUUGUACCCUUGCAUUCACCACGGCGUGACGCAAAUGGGCACUAUUUACAAGUAUAAUCCUUCGACACAAAUAACAAUUUGGGAGGCCGGAUGUGAAGAAAAACUGAUCAGCGAAAUGAUGUUGGUGUCGUGGCGGUUCAAUGCCGUAAUGGCACUCAUUAUAAUAGCAAUGAUAAUACAAGUAAUAGCAGUGAGAUAUCUCCAUACAGCAUAUAGGAGUGGGCUGCACGUUGGCAACCAAAUAGUUUGCAAAGCCUACCUCCUUCGCUCCCUAACCGAUACGGAGCCACUGAAAAGCCCUGUUCGGAAGAAAGUCUUUAAAAAGAAAAAGUUUCGACAAGCCCGGACGCUUCAUUGGGUUUCUGUCUCAUACAGACGUGGCAAGAAACGAUACUUGACCUCAUCUGGCUCGGAUGUCAAUAGUUCCGAUGAACUUCUGAAGCCAAUUUAUGAAUGAGUGAGGGUGCAUUUGUUUAUAUUUACCUAAGCGUAAUAAUACGAAGCUAUCAUUGAA